UGGACGAAAAACAGAAACUUCUUAAUGAAAAAACCUUUGAAGCUCUUGGAAGCAGUCUGAGUGAAUUGGAAUACUUGUGUGGUUUGAACACCACUGAUGUAUGUGAAGAUUCUUGCGGUUUAUUAGAUUCAAUGCCAUUAGGCCAAGAUGAAAACCUCGAGCCAGCAGUUACUACGCUCGACAGUGACACUGUGACCGACACGCUGGAUGAUGAAAAGUCUACCUUUGACUUUGUGAAGGAACUGAAAAAUGUUAACACAACGAGAAAAACUGAUUCGGACCUAAGAAAAUUUACAAAUUACUUAACAAUGAACAAAGAGUUGAGAAAACCAGAGGAAAUCCCGGUCGGAGAACUCGAUUUACAUCUAGCUAGAUUUUUCAUGAAUGCGAAGAAAACGAAUGGUGAGGAAUUUGAACCAGACACUCUAAAAAUCAAUACAAGGAAGUGUUAAUCGCUACUUUUCAGACAGAAAUUUGAAAAUAAACAUUAUAAAUGAUAAAGAAUUUAAACUCGUGAUGUUCUCGCCUCGAAAAGAAAGCUACUAAGAACCAUGGGCAAAGGAAACCGUGAGAAAAGAGCUGAGGCCCUUACUCCUGAAGAAAUUGAUAUUCUAUACCAAAAGAAUCUUCUGGGUACCAGAGAUCCAAAGUCUCUGAUGAAUGUGUUGUAUCUAAAUAAUACAAUGCAUUUCGGAAUGCGCAGUAGGAUUGAACAUGUCAACCUGAGUAGGGGUGAUGUGACAAUGAAAGUGACUUCAACAGGAGAAGAGUACUUAGAAUACGCAGAAAGAGCAACUAAGACAAGAACUGGGAUAACGAGUGACACCAGGAAUUUUGCUCCGAAAAUGUUUGAGGACAGAGGUACACAUUGAUUUUAAAGAAAAAAAAAAUGUACACAUAGCUAAGCAU